AUGACUGGCUGCUGCACUGCAACUUCCAAACUCAUCAACUACUUCGUUAAUACUAUCGUCUUCUUGCUCGGGGCUCUGGUCACUGCCUUGGCAAUUUACAUCCUCGUGUCCGACUUCAAGAGCCUCUUCACUCAAUGGCGUAUCUGGGUCGGCGUCGCUACUGGUAUUGUCCUGAUCAUAGUAGCUCUCCUGGGCUGUGGAGCUACGAAGAAUCAAGACAGAUGUGUCCUCACGGCCUUCCUCUUCCUCGCAGGAGUGGUCUUUGCCCUCCUAUGCGUCAUCGCCAUUGCCUCGUCAGUGUACCUGAGCAAUCUUGUUUCGAUCGGAAGCCUCAACAGCCCCGCCCUCAACAACCUAUCUGGUCGUGAUCUCAGUACGUACCGUUUUAUCCGUGAUUCCUACACGUUGGUCUACGAUGAUGCCGAAUGCAGGGGUGGUGUAUGCGGCUUCACUCAGGGAAGUAGCUCCUUACAGUGCUCUCCAAUCUUUUGUAAAUCCAGAGACGUUACUAAGACCCUCAACAAAUGGCUCAACACUGAUCGCUCUUCGGGCAUCACCCCUGCCUCAUUCCAGGCGUGUCUAGCCGAGUCCGCAGAGGACUCGAAAACUCCAAUGAGGUCGUCGGCCAGUGCUUGGUGCGGCAGCAAUACCUCAGUUAUUAACACUCUGAAUCGGUGGAGUGUGGGUAUUCUCAUCGGACUUUGGGUCGUUACUGCAUUCAUCAUGUUCGUUUGCAUCGCCAAUUGUGUCCUCAUCUGCGGUAAGGACCGCAAAGGCCACGGUGCGGUGACUGUUGAUGGGAAUCCUCAGAGACUGGCUUAUGCCCAGCCUGUCUACGGUGGAGACGUCCAAAUCGUCAAAGUCUAA